AUGCACGCGCCUCAGAGUAACCCAGAAGACCACUCUAUGAGUGCACCAGAAACCCCCUCCUGCCCUUACUCGCCUAACGAAGAGGAGAAGGCGAUACUAGCUCACCUAGCCCUUGCAGAGAAAAACCGCUCCACUAUGCACAACCAGUUCGCAUCUCCCCCCCACAACCCCAAGGAGGACUGGGAGAGCAAAAACUUCCCCAUCGGAUUCCUAGUCCACAACAUCUCCGAAGAGACCAAAGACCUCAUCCUCAGCACCCGCAUAUGCUGUUGCACAGAUGUAUGGGUGGCGAACGAAAAUAGAGCGGUGAUCAAUGAUCUCAUUUCCAUGAGCGAGAUUAAAGACGAAGAAAAAGUCUACGCAGCCACAUGGAGCUUCAUCAGAUCAAUUAGGAUCGAGCUCCUGGACUUCAAAGUAACCGGUGGACUAUCAGUUCCAUGCUUCAACGUCCUUGCAGUCAGUCCCAUAUGCGACGCCAAAGCAUGGACUGACCUCCGAUCCUUCCUACACACCCUUGAUUACCCCACAGGCCUCGACGGCUGCGGAACCGCCAUAGGCAUGACGGCAUGCCCUAUCUGCCACUCGAUUGCACACCCUCGCGGUCUGUGCCCCUUCCCAGAAACCCCACUCUGGAACGGUCCAAAGAUCGGAGCUAAAUCAUCGAUCCCCACCAGGAACCCGAGACCGAAGGGACAGGAAAGCAGCGAUGUCUCAAAUCAGCAUGGCGCUAGCCAGACCACGGAAGCCUAUUUAGGCUCGGACGAGUCGUGCCGAGAGGCUGAAGUCCUAGUAAAGUACCUUGACUGCCAACAAUUACAAUAUAACCCCCCCCCCCCUCCCCCGGUCUUUCUUCUGGUCCUGGUUCUAGCCUCCCCGAGCUCAGAGGGAGUCUCUUUUCUAACGCCAAAGAUACUCUCAAGGACGAGCAUGGGGAGUUCGGAGGCGUAG